AUGAAUUCUCCGUACGAAAUAUCUGAUGAUGAUGAAAGCUUCGCUGAUCCUCAGUGUUCUAAAACGCAGAAAAAUGAUUAUGAAUCAAUAUUAAUCAGUAGUGAUGAGGAGCCCUCAACCUCCCGUAGUUUUGAUACAUCCUGUGACCAAGCUUUCGAGGAUGAACUACCAGAAGUAGUGAUUAUUCAGAAAAAGAAUGCUAUCGCCAAACUGUUUACCAUGAAAAAUGAAAAUAAAGAAAAUAAAGGACCAAAGAAGAAACCAGGUGUAAAAGUAUUGUUUCCUCCUAGUAGCCACACGAAUGAUGUGAACACAAGUCCACCGCCUGUAGUUCCACAUAAGACUUUAUGGAUUGGAGGAGUUAAUGUUGCAUUUCCAGUCAGCCCGUAUGGCAGCCAAAUAGCAUUGAUGUAUAAGAUUAUCCAAGGCAUCAAGGAGUCCAAGAACUGCAUCUUGGAAAGUCCAACGGGUUCUGGCAAAACACUAGCUCUUUUAUGUGGUGUACUAGCUUGGCAACAGGCUGAAUACAAUCGUAUUUCUCAGCAAACAGCAAAAAAACAAACUCGAGACUACUACAAUCACUAUCCUGAACUGCAGAGAGAAGAUGUCACCGACUACAUAGCCACACAAACCUCAGAGAAGACUAAUAUCACGCCUGAAAAGCUCUUCAGCAAAACUCAAUUUGGUGAGUAG